AUGGCCAUCAACUAUCUGAUUCUCCUCUCGCGCCAGGGCAAAGUGCGUUUGGCAAAAUGGUUUACCACCUUGUCCCCAAAGGAUAAGGCGAAGAUCGUCAAGGAUGUUUCACAGUUGGUACUGGCCAGACGAACCCGGAUGUGCAACUUCCUGGAGUAUAAAGAUACAAAGAUUGUGUAUCGCCGAUACGCAUCCUUGUUCUUCAUCGCCGGCUGCUCGUCCGAAGACAACGAACUGAUCACGCUUGAGAUCAUCCACCGAUACGUCGAGCAGAUGGACAAAUACUAUGGCAACGUCUGCGAGCUCGACAUCAUAUUCUCAUUUACCAAGGCAUACUACAUACUCGACGAGCUUCUACUUGCAGGAGAAUUGCAAGAGAGCAGUAAAAAGAACGUGCUGCGAUGUAUAUCCCAACAGGACUCGCUUGAGGAUAUGGAGGUCGAGGAUGAAGUCACGAAGAUCAUGUAG